CACACAUGUUCUGCAUUAUUAAGUUUAAGAAGCUAACAGUUGUGUGGUGUUUUUGUAGAUUAUCCAAUGCAACCUUACCUGUAGGUUAAAAUAGAUGAGUGUGCUUAUAUUGUAACUAAGAUCAAGCAAUAAAUGUACUGUGUAGGCAUCUUUUAGCUCUGGUAGUGUAUUCAAGAGCCAGCCCAAGACAUCUGAACAUCUGAGGAGAAAGACAAGAUGGUGUUUCUUCCCAUUCCAUGUACUUAAGUGGAGGCCUCAAAGUAUUAUCUAAAAUAUAAUUCCAGUAAAGGGUGAAAAUGAUGGCAACUGCGUAGAAACGCACACACCCCGGGCAGCUCUCGGUUGGAAACUGCAUGACCGGGAGAAAUCAUUUUCUAAAAACCCCAUCCUAACGCAGUGGGAAAAUGCGCUGGAGACAGAAUGCUAGAUUCAUUUUUACAUUGAUUCUGGCCUUGCAGGAUGUUCCUUUGGGGAAAGGUUACAAAAAAGAGAUGGAAAGAGGUCAUACAGGAGAGAAUGAUGAUGCUAGAGCCCCAAAGCACCACCCAAAGGACCAAACCACCACAUUAAAUGUUUUCAAAGCGAUGAACCAGAGCUAUGAAAGCAGAAAGCACAUGAACUUUAAGCCAGUAGUGCCCUUCACAGGUCUUACACAGAGUAGAACUCUGAACCGACACUGCUGUCAAAAUGGAGGGACCUGUAUCCUGGGCAGCUUCUGUGCAUGUCCCAAACACUUCAUUGGCAGAUACUGUGAAUAUGAUGAACGGAAAAGCGGCUGUGGCCCAUUCAAGCACGGUGAAUGGAUCCAGAAAGCCUGCCGGCUGUGUCGAUGUGGUUUCGGUGUUUUCCACUGCCUGUCUCAGCCUAUACAAAAUUGUGCUGUAAGGAAGGAAGAAGAAUUUAUCCAUUUGCCUUCCAAUUGUCCAGGAUUACAACAAACAAUGUGCUUUCUUAUGCUCCUGCUAGUUGCCUUCUUAGCAUUGUUUUGCUCAAAGCCUUUCCAUCAACUAUGAAAGACUCUCCCUUAUUCAGACCUGGAGUCAUACAGGCUACCAUGACUGGCCUUACCAUAAAACUUGUCCUUUGGACCUUCAGAAAGCAGGAAGAUGAAACUUCAAGACAAAGGAUAUGCCUCUUAUUUAUUUCCCUGUUUGACAUGACUGUGUCAGGAAUUUAUAUUGUGUGUUAGACUCCUAACUCUGUGACUGCAGUACAUGCAGCGUUAACUGCCUCACUGUGUGUUAGAAAAAGAGCAAGGGAUGAAGCAAGCAGAGAUGAUGGAUGAAAAGAAUUGUUUUGUUUCCAGACCAAGGGACAAGAAUACUCUAAUCACUUGCAGGACAUACAGAAUCUGCUGCUUUUUUAAAAUCGUAUGUUGCUUCAGUUCACAGCCCCAUGAUUCCCUUGGAAUACUCAAAAAGAUGAUGAGGUGGCAGAGCUGAGGGUAAAAUAUUUCCUUAUGAAGCACAAAUUUAAUAAUUGCUAGGUAGCUAGUCCUAGCAUUAAACCAGUGGUAAGGGUACUAGUAAAAACCUUACUAAUGGCGGGGGGGGGGAGAGAAGCACUAUAUUGCACAAAUGCUAUUUCUUGUUACUUCUGUUUGAAUCUGAUUUGAGCAGUCCUUUAUGUUUGAAGUAUUGACUCUUCCAGUGGAAGACAGUCCUAUAUAUGUAUUCUGUGAUUUAACUGCUGAAAACAGUAAAAUAUUGUGC